CAUUUGAGGUGAGCACUAUUAACAAAGGACCAGCCUUGAAAUGCAGACGGGAUUUUUCCUUUUUAUAUUGGUCCAAUUCCUCUAUCUCCCUGUUUAUGGUCAUGUUGGGGUAACAUUUAGUACCAAUACAGACUUGAAGACGGUGAUGGAGAAAUUAGAGGAACUCCAGACGACCGUACACCUUCAAAGUGAUCGCAUUUCUCAGUUAGAGAAACAGAACCGAAACUUGGAAAGACUGAUUGCCACCGAUCUCCACAACAACGACAACAAGCAUGAGGAACGGAUUUCCAUUCUAGAGAAACAGUACUUGUGUUUAGAAGAACGUUUGAAAAAACAAUCUAAGAACAUUACAUCUGUGAAAACGCUUGAGAGGACCACUAUGAAAAAGAUGUCCGGGUUAUUGAGUAGACAAAACGUCCAAGAAAAACUGUACAGAAAUCUGAAGGAUCGACUUCAAAAUUUGAUGCACUCCCAAGAAGAAAAGUCCUUUUUCGCUAAGGCCCUCACGCAGCACAAAGAAAGCUUGAUAAGAAAAGAGCGAUUGCUUACUCCUGUGACAACUACUGCUUCACUUAGCAACAUUGUCGCUUUCUACGCGUAUUUCUCAAAGAAUGUUCUGUCUCCCGGCCUGCAUCAUAUCCUUACAUUUGAUAACGUAAUCACCAAUACUGGAAAUGCGUAUCAUUCCCACGCCGGUACCUUCAUAGCCCCCCGAUCUGGUCUUUACGUGUUUACGUGGACUAUCAGAAUAUAUGGAACAUCAUACCACUCAACAGAACUGAUGGUUAAUGAUAAUGCCGUUGGGUCGACAUAUCUUAAUCCAGUUAAUACUAUAGAUGGCAGUGUUACCGGUACUGUCGUGGUACAUGUUGACCAGGGAGAUGACGUUCUGGUAAGAACUCGCGACUCGUAUAACAAUGGCCAUAUUAAUAGCGAUAUUGUGGGAAAAUCCUCUUUUGCAGGAUGGGCUUUAGUUUGAUACUUCC